UGCAACAACAACAGCGUGCGACAACAACAACAACGUGCGACAACAACAACAACAACAACAACAACAACAGCGUGCGACAACAACAACAACAACAGCGUGCGACAACAACAACAACAACAGCGUGCGACAACAACAGCGUGCGACAACAACAACAACAACAACAACAGCGUGCGACAACAACAACAACAACAACAACAGCGUGCGACAACAACAACAACAACAACAACAACAGCGUGCGACAACAACAACAACAACAGCGUGCGACAACAACAACAACAACAGCGUGCGACAACAACAACAACAACAGCGUGCGACAACAACAACAGCGUGCGACAACAACAACAACGUGCGACAACAACAACAACGUGCGACAACAACAACAACGUGCGACAACAACAACAACGUGCGACAACAACAACAGCAACAACGUGCAACAACAACAGCGUGCGACAACAACAACAACAACAACGUGCGACAACAACAACAACAACAACAGCGUGCGACAACAACAACAACGUGCUACAACAACAACAAUAACAACAACGUGCGACAACAACAACAACGUGCGACAACAACAACAACAACAACAACAACAACGUGCGACAACAACAACAACGUGCGACAACAACAACAGCAACAACGUGCAACAACAACAGCGUGCGACAACAACAACAACAACAACAACAGCGUGCGACAACAACAACAACGUGCGACAACAACAACAACGUGCGACAACAACAACAACGUGCGACAACAACAGCGUGCGACCACGUGCACCGAGCGCGUGUUUCCCCGGCACGGCUGCGCUGGUGCUCGGGAACAGCGGAGCACUCCCCCCGCAGCGCCCGGCGAACCCCGGAGCCCUGAGCGCGCGGCGGAGCUCGGGGCUCCUGGAGCCGGUUUGCCCGGCGGCGAUAACGGCAGCGGCUGGGACGGGGAGAACCGCGUGGAAAGCCGGCAGGGUGAGCGGGCGGGGGUCCCUCCCGCCUGACCGAGCGUGUUGGGGCGCAGGUGCUGGACCCGGAGCGGGACGGGCGCUGCCGGGACAGCGCAGCCCUGAGCACCGGCAGGACUUGGCAGACGUCCGCCGCUCCGUUCUCCCUUCCCCUCCGGCUCUUUCCCGCUCUUGCGCUCUGGUUCGUGGGUCUCGACCGGCUCUGCCCCCGCGGGUCCGGCCGCCAGCGACCCCCCCGCAGCCUUUGCGGCUCUUGGGAAAAGCAGAGACCAGCUCUCUGCCGCUCGAGGCGUCGCAGCGUCCCCAGGAGGCGCCCGUUUCCACCAGCAGCAAAACUCACGUUAUUAGCGCUGUUAAGUCUCACACAUGUACCCGCUGUCAGGGCACCCUGCGCUGGCGCUUGCCUGGUUGUUCAUCACCUUUUCCCAGCGCCCCAGCACUUAUCUCACUGUAAUUAUGGCACUUUCUGCCUCCAUUUCCCCCCUCUUUGUCAGCACAUGAUAUGUUACUGUGCCCACGUUCCACGCCAAACAAUGCAGGAGCAGCAGCCGGGGUCACCGCGACGCCGGGCACUGCAGGACGGGGCGCUCACCGGGGAGCGGAUGGGGCACCGGCUCCUGUGUUCUGCUCUUGUCCCCAGCAAAAGCCGCCGGCGGGACCGAGAGCUGCUGGGGUGACGCGGCCCCGCGGGGACGUUCACCGCAGAACCCCAACCCCAGCGGGGUUUGCACCUUUGGGGUGUCACCCGGUGCUGUGGGGACAGGGAGGUUCCUAUAAGGAUCCUUGAUGGAAUGAGAGCUGCUGCUGUAUUCCUUUCCCAAAUCACAAAGAGCUAAUUGAUCCAUCCAGUUAAUUAAUUGAUUUAUAGCUAUUAAAGACUAUAAUUAACUGACCAGCUGGGAAGCUGGGUGUUACCUGCUCGGUGGGAGCAGGCUGAGAAGCAGCUCUGGUGCGCCCUUGGCUGCCCCGUCCGUGCAAACAGCUCCACUGUUUGGGCUCUUUGAGGGGUUUUGCUCCAGCUCAGACUCUGCGCUUUCCCUUUUAUCUCCUCCUGUGUUAACAUUUGGCGCAGGAGCUCAGCCGAGCCUCGCCGUUCUCCCUUAUCUCCUCCCGCAUUCCUGCAAGGUUGCAAACAACUCGUCUUGAGGAGUUUGCGCAGCUGGACAGACCAGUUGGGACCAGCUCGUUAUCAGAGCGCUCCCCGCCCCGCGCAAAACCUCCCGCUGCUGUCAGACCCUGACACCACACAGAUGUUCCUUGGGUGACGCAUCUCAUCGCUGGGCCGCAGAGAUGUCUGUGCCUGGUACCAGCACAUCUGGCUGAUGCUAACGAGCUCCUUGGAGUGCUAAUGAGCUCCUGGGAGUGCCGUUCCCUGUUGGAAUGCAGGGAAACAGGGAGGAGAUGCUGUAGGUUGUGGCAGAGGCUCCCCAGAGGCCAUGUGCUGGCAGGGCAGUGGGUUCUGUCCGCGGGGCUGCUGGGGGGCGGCGAUGCUGCGAGCGGGGCCCAAACCCGCUGCAGUGUGAGAGGGUGAGCGGACACCGGCAGCCAGAGCUGAGCCGCAGCCUCCCGGCUGUGCCAAGGGUGGGUGCGCUGGCAGCGACCCUUCCCGCUGGGCCCCGUCCUGCCAGGCCCUCUCGCCCUCUUCCCUCCCCUGCUCGUCCCUGCAGGUUGUGCUGCAGCCCCUGGGGGGGACCCUGCUCCCCCAAAUCCCCCGGCACAAGGCUGGGAGAGUCUGGGGGAACCGUGUGGCUGAUCCAGGUGAUGCUGGAGCUGCAUGCAGGUGGGUGCUGGGAGUGGGGGCUGGAACAGGCACUCAGUUUACCUGAAGCUUAGCCGUUACUUCCUUCUCUCAGUUCCAUGCUUUAUUUGGUUAAGAAGGGUUCUUAUAAGCAAGCGCUAUGGCCUUCCUGUAAUUGUCCUUGCAAGCAGAAUAACUCCCUUCUUUUAGCACAAAUCAUAACUACAUUUUUCAUAGGAACAUCUGGGGGGACCGUGUGGCUGAUGCAGGUGAUGCUGGAGCUGGAUGCAGCUGAGUGCUGACCUCCCCGGGGCCUCCUCACUGGGACCGGGGCAACAACCGGCUUUUGGCAACAUGUUCCCCCCGCCAGGUGGCAGGAGGGGCUUCCCCAGGGAGCCUGGUCCGUGGAGAGCCGGGCCCCCAUGGCCCCAUGGUCCCAGCCCCCAGGACAUCCGGGACGAGCCGCCCUGGAAGCCCCCACACAGGAGAGGCCACCGCGGGCGGCAUCCGCCCCAUCCCUGGGAGCCCAGACCCUUCCGUGGUCCUGCCGACUUCCACGAGGACGGGAGCUGGGCACCCCAGGACUGUCCCCCGCCACCCCCCUGGGACAACUGGGAAGACAACCAAGGACCUGAGGACCAUUUUGGAGAGAGCUGGCACCCGCCUGGUCCCUGGGACCCCAGAGACCCCCCUGGCCCUCCUGACUUCCCUUGGAAGGAGGAGGACAGGAGAUGGGCACCCCACGACUGUCCCCCAUGGGUUGACACAGAAUACAAUGGAGGACCAGAGGGCAGCUUUGCAGAGGACUGCUACCUGGAUCCGCCACCGCCUGGCCCCGGCUCCUUCUCCCGGCCCGAAUUCCCCGCAGAGGAGCAGUGGCCACCCUGGCCCCCCGGCAGCCAGCACGGGGAGCAAGGGGGCUUCCAGGAUGGCUGGUCAUCUGGGGGCUACCGUGGCCUGGGGAAGAAACGCUGCCGACGCCUUCGCCAGAGCUGCCGACAGUUAACCAUGGUCCGCCCGGCCCCGUGUCACUGGCCCGCCAGAGGGAAGCAGCCACCCUUCAAGUCUAAUGCUCCCCGGCCACUUCCAUCCUCCAAAGAUGCUGCACAGCACAAGGAGCAGACACCUCCGGUUGGCCCUCCGGGAGUGAGCGAGAAGGUCCCGGAGCCCCCCAAAGCGGCUGACACCCCUCAGGACAGCCUGGCCGCGGGUCCCCAGGCUGCGGCAGCGGGUGCAGAGCCCGAGCAGGCAGGAGUGACGCCGGUGGAGCCGGGAGCCGGGCAGGACCCUGAGGGCAGCCAGGACCCCUCUGCUUUGCAAACAGAGGAGGAGAGCUCUGCCAGGACGGGGCAGCACCCUGAGGUGGAGCCCAGUAGCCCGAGUGUCCCCGAGGCUGGCGCAGGCGGUGGGUCACGUCCCCAGACGCCCACAGCCCCCACGGAGCCGGCCCAGAGGGUCUGCGCGGCCACUGGAGAGGGGGACGCUGAGCUCUGCCCACAGCCCCCGGGACGGCAGCGUCUGCCUGGAGCAGCUGGAGCAGCCGAGGCAGGAUCUGCCCACCAUGGGCUCCUCAGUGACCUCCAGACACCCGAAAACUCGCCAGUCCCCGCAGGAGCUGCUGCCGAGCCUGGUGCACAGCCUGGCCAGGCUGGUUCCGACAGCUGCACCGCACCAGUGACCUCGCCAGGGACGUGGCACCCUCCCGGGUCUGCUGAGACAGAGCCGGUACGAGGUCCAGGUGCCUCUGCUCCCCCUGAGGCUGCAGAUGGCCAGCACCAGCUCUGCUCCGUGCCCCCGGCAUCCUCCCCGGCCGGCACCGACCUCCGCUCCGCCACCGUCCUUGCCAGGAAGGAGGAGAUUGAGCUGUCGUACCAGCAGUUCAGCCUGACCGUUGCCGUGGUGGCCACGAUGCUGCUGCAGAAGGAGCCGUCCAUGGAGGCGGCGCUGGGGCUGGCGCUCAGGGCCAACCUGCGGCAGCGCCGGCUCCAUCACCUCCGUGAGCUCGAGAACUUCAUCGACAGCUACGACUCGGCCGCUCUCAGCCGCUGAGGGGUCAGGCGGAGCAGACAGACCCCCCCCCCGCCACCCAGGGCUGGGGAGUGAUGGGAGGCCGUGCUGGCACAUUGGGGUGAUGGUGCUGAGCCCUCGUGUCGAGGUGGUGUGGAUGUGUUGGCACCGUCCCACCAGCUCUUGGAGAUGGAGGAGGUGGGUGGUGCUUGGUUUUAGCCCCUCUGUAUGUGCAGGGAAAGGGGGAGCUGGUUUCAGUGAGAGAGAGCAGCUGUGUGGAGCUCCCGUUCCCCCCCAGCUCCUCACUCCAUUCCCAGUUCACAGGGAUGUGUCUGGUUCACAGGGUUGUUCUUGGUUUUAAAUCUAAAAUAAACUAUGGUCUUUGCA